AGAGGAUGAUUGCAGCAAGGAGAAGGGAGACAUGGGAGCCAGAGUGCCAGGGACAGCUGGAGACAAGAAGUAAGCCUCAAGAAGAGAGCGGCCAGGAAGAAUGAGGAAUCACAGAUACCUCUCAGGCGUUUGGAUCUAGGACCUGGGAAAACCUAUAAAAAUGAGUGACAAAAUAGAUGCAAGAAAGUUGAAGAAAGAAGGACUCACAGAAAAUAUUGGACUCCCUCUGAAAUUGCUUGAGAAACAUGAUCCUUGGCCAGCUUAUGUCACAUACACUUCCCCGAUUGUUAAAAAACUCAUCGAGAAGAGCAAAAUUAGAGAAAUGGAAUACGCACGGAUUUUAGAGGAGAGCCGGCAGCUAGCAAAGUCAAACAAGUCUUCUAGCAGUGGGCCGCUGAAGAGGGAAAAGUUGUCCGAGCCUUCUGUGGAGAUGACGCUGCGGGACGCACUGUCAGAGACCAUGAUGACCAUAUGGGGUGCCUUCCCUCUGUCAGCCAUGGGCUCCACCAUUGCCUCAGAACCCGUGAACUUACAAGUAGAGUCCAGAGAAAACCCUAGCAUCAAAUACAACAAGAUUAUCUUCACCCAGAAACCUCUGACAAGGAAGCUUCCAUACAACUCACUUCAGGCCAGCAAGGAGAAGCACGACAAGGUUUAGGCAGCAGUCAGUCGUCUACAGCCAGCCCCCGAGAACAUACAGGAAUUCAGUUCCAUUUGCCACAAACUGAACUAUGGUCUUUAAACUUGAACUUGCUCCUGAUCUCCAGGAGGUCAUCUGAGAGAAAUCCCAUACUAAUUUGA